GAUCCCCUCUUUCCUUUCCCCCUUUUAUUGCCUGCCUUCUAGCUCCAUCCUUCCCCGCUGUUCUACUCCCCCUCUCCAGAUUCUUUGGGUUGUUGUCGCAUAGGUUAGGCUGCCUUCGAUUAAUUAGAGGCUCCUUCCCCCUGCGCGUGCUCCUAUCCUAUCGUUGUGUAGGUUUAGUUCUCUCCUAAUGGCAACGAGGGGGCAGAUUGGGUCCCGAUGGGUUCUUCUUGUGAACUCAGUGGAGGCUAUGAUCCAAGGAUUGGUACCUUAAGUUUGCUUUUUGCUUUUCCAGAUAAUCCUAAAAGGAAGUCUUAUCAAAUUGAUUUUCACCAAAGAUUCAAAUCUGCUGAGUAACGUGACUGCUGAUUCAGAAGAAUAUAUACGUGUUUGUUCUUUACACAAUCAUCUCGGAAUCACAAGGUAAAAAAUCUAUACAAUAGUGAUGCAUGUUCAAAUAUUAAUGCAAAUUUGUCAAGAUUAUAUAUGGACACAACUACACAAGUUGCAAGCAGGACUUCGUAUAUCCAGGAAGAAAUUAAAGUUGGUCAGAUUUGGGAAUUUUGUGUUUUAGCCUUUUAGGGUGAAGGUAUGAUAAUAAGCAAUUAAUUAUUCAGAGUUUCUUAAAGGGUUUUACACAAUAAAUGAUGAAUUGUUGCCGUAUAAAUAUAUUCUGAGUCUGUGAUUCAACUGCUCCUUGUGAGAAUUUAUGUUUCGGAUGAUGCAGCACAUUUAGUAAAGGGAUUGCGUAAUUUCUUCUUCAUAUAAAUGACGUGAGUUUCUCUCAGAAGAGUUCCUUCAUCUCUCAUUUCUUCUUACCCCUCCCUUCCUCCUCUUGAUCUCCUCUUUCAUCCUUCAUCUCUCAUUUCUUCUUACCCCUCCCUUCCUCCUCUUGAUCUCCUCUUUCAUCUUGUCAUUGUCUUGCUUUGGAAACUCCAAUCCAAGGGACCACAAGGUGGAGUAGGUUUCUCCUAUUUUACGGGCAAGAAUCUUACUUUGGUGCAUCUUCUUGGAUGAGAUCUAGGUAGGGGUUGAAUUGGGCGAAAUAUGGUUCACACCAGUUUCUGAUUAGUAAGUCGAUUGCAGAAGGAAAGGGAUGCUGUUCGUGAGGCCGGUUAUGGUCUGCAUAGGAAGCCUGAUAUUCAAGCUGGCAAAGGGGUUCUAAGUUCCUUUAAGGAGUUUCAAUAGCAUAGGUUUGAAGAGGAUCGGCAAAGAUGAGAAUAUGAUUAGGAGUAUAUGUAGGUGAUUGAGGGGCUUUUUGCUUGUCUAGAGAAGGCCCAUACCCCUCUUGUUUGUUCUUCUUUAAGAAUAAGUAGGGCAACAACUUGCGUGUUGGGAACUUUUAUUGCUAGAAUCCCUUAUUCUCCCCAACAAAAUGGUUAAAUAAGUGAGAAUGUCUAGU